UGGCCAAUCACAAUCGACGGGAGGCGUGUCUUACACUCCGCUUUUCUGACUGUUUACUUCCGUCAAUAUUCUAAGAAAAGCAGAAAAUUAUCCCCAUAACAAAGGAAUCACUGUUUUUGGAGCAGGUGGAAGAAGAUGCCUUUCUUGGGCCAAGACUGGAGAUCACCAGGCUGGAGCUGGAUCAAAACUGAGGAUGGCUGGAAACGCUUUGAAUAUUUCAGCCAAAACUUGGGAGAUAACAUCAAUGAACUUGGCUUGGAAGAAUUGGACAACGACAACAAGGAGAACGUCUACAUGGGAGAUGUCUGUGAAGUAGUUGCCAAGAAGAGAAAAAAGGACUUUUUCAACAACAACACUAAGUCACAGUUUUUGUUCCAGGAGAGGUGGAUCUACGUUCAGAAGGAGAGUACGAGAGAGAGACAUGGGUACUGUACGCUUGGUGAGGCCUUCAAUCGUCUGGACUUUUCCAGUGCCAUUCAGGAUGUGCGGCGAUUCAACUAUGUAGUCAAACUUCUGCAGUUGAUUGCCAAGUCCCAGCUGACGUCUUUGAGUGGAGCUGCUCAGAAAAACUAUUUUAAUGUCCUGGAGAAGAUUGUGAGAAAAGUUCUGGAUGACCAUCAGAACCCUCGACUGAUCAAGGCGUUGCUACACGAUCUAAGCUCCACCCUCUGCAUCCUCAUCCGAGAAGUUGGGAAGUCUGUGCUGGUCGGCAACAUCAACAUUUGGGUCUGCCGUUUAGAAACCAUCUUAAUCUGGCAACAGCAGCUCAACAAUUUGCAAAUUCCAAAGCAAGUUUCAAAUGGGACGACACUGAGCGACCUCCCUUUGCUCAUGCAAAACAACAUUUUGUACAAGUUUACUGAUGCCUGUGACAUCGUCAAUCUGGGACAAGCCACACCAACUCUGCACAUGCUCAGUGAGGACCGGCAACUGUGGAAAAAACUGUGCCAGUUUCAUUUUGCUGAGAAACAGAUGUCAAAGGUGGCCAGAAUUGAAGUCUCACCCUGA